AUGGACGCCGCCGCACGGCAUAGCGUUGAUAGACAUGUAGCUGAACGAAGGUCUGGUACCGAAAUGCGUGGCGGAAGCGACGACCAAGACUUCGAGGGCGGCCGUGGCCAUGACCGUGAUCAAGACCGUGAGGACCAGGACGACGACCCGGUAGUCAAGAGGAUGCUGGACUCCGACGAACCGAGGACCUCUGGCAAAAGCGUGUUCAUCGCGCCCGGUGAGCAUUGCACAGGCGCGCGCAAACGCUCAUACCGUAAAGGCGGCGGAUUAGUGUCGUGCGCUUCCGUGAGUUUGCGGCACGCAGCAUAG